AACUGUUUGUAGAGUCCCUUUAACACAGAGCCCCUUGUUCUCCAUGCAAAUGGCAGAUGAACAGAACUCACACUGUGUGUGCUCGGUUUGCCUCCAGGACCUGCAGGAAAACAGCUGCCCUCGGUGUAAACAGAAUUCCUUAUGCAAGACAGAUCUGGAAGAAUCUGAGGCUCCAGCUGCAGAUAUGAGCGAAACCAGGGCUCCAUUUGCAGAUCUGGAAGAAUCUGAGGCUUCAGCUGCAGAUCCAGAAGAAUACGACGCUCUUAGUGCAGAUCUGGAUGAUUCUGAUUCUUCUGUAUCAGAUCCAGACAUCUGUAGCUUGUGUUGCAGAGGCACUGGAGAGGACAGGACUUCAGACGGAGCAAGCGGAGGACGUGGAGUGUGACUCCUGCAGUGAAAGGAAAGAGAAAGCCAUCAAAACAUGUCUGGUGUGUUUGGUGUCUUACUGUGAAACUCACCUCAGGUUGCACAAGGAACUGAAUGUGGGGAAAGCACACUUACUGGUGGACGUCACUGGAGAACUCCAAAAAAAGACGUGCCCCCAACAUCAUAAGCUCCUGGAGGUUUACUGCCGCACUGACCGCCAGUGUAUCUGCUGCCUCUGCAUGCUGGACACCAACCACAAAGGACAUGACAUGGUCUCAGCUGCUACAGAACGAGCAGAGAAACAGAGGCAACUGGAAAAGUCCAAGCAGAUGGUUACGGAUCGAGAGACAGAGCUGAAGGAAAUCCAAAAGGCAUCAGGUAGACUCAGGAACCUGACUCAAGCCACAGAGGAAGAAGGUGACAGGAUCUUCACCGAACUGCUCAGCUUUAUACGGAGAAGCCACACUGAGAUGAUUACGCUGGUCCAAAGUCAGAUGACCACAGAGUUGAACUGGAUUCAGGGACAUUUGGAAGGUCUGGAACAGGAGAUCUCAAAGUUGAAGAGAAAGCAGUCCGAGGUGGAGCAGCUUUCACAUACUGAUGAUCACAUCUAUUUCCUCCAGGAGGUCCAAUCCCGCUGGCCGACUUCUAAUGACUUCCAAAGCCUGACAACUAACCCACAGUUUUCAUUUGGAGAAGUGAUCAAGUCCCUCACCUCAUUAACAGCACAUAUAAAGGACAUUUGGAGACUGGAAACAACCAGGAUGUUCUCAGCAGUGACUGCAGAAAAGAUCCUACUGCCACAAGAACCCAAAACAAGGGAGGACUUCAUACAGUUUCUGGUUCCCUUGAGUCUGGACCCAAACACGGCCCACAGGAACCUUCGGUUCACAGAACAGAACAAGGCUGUGGCUUGCAGUAUUGAGCCCCAGUCAUACCCAGAACAUCCGGACCGCUUUGAGUGGUGGGCCCAGGUGCUGAGCAAGGAAGGUCUGACGGGUCGCUGCUACUGGGAGAUGGUCUGGAGCGGACAGUACGGCGUCGACCUCGCAGUGUCCUACAACGACAUCAGCAGAACUGGGCAAGGAGACGACAGCGGGUUUGGGUACAACAGACACUCCUGGAGUCUGGACUGUUCCAUAUUCAGAUACGCACUAGUGCACAACAACGAGGAGACGGAGAUCAGUGUACCCCUGUCCCACCGGAUUGGGGUGUAUCUGGACCACCGGGCAGGACAGCUCUCCUUCUACAGUGUCUCAGAUACCAUGAUCCUCCUUCACAAAGUCCAGGCCAGGUUCACUCAACCUCUUUAUCCAGGAUUUGGGCUCUUUCAGGGCUCAACUGCCAAAUUCUGUGAGCCGCAAGAAGACGGAUCACCGCAAGUAGUUAAGAGACCCAAGAACAACAAAACAAAUAUAAAACAAAGACGCAUAAGAACAGACGUGACGAGAAACAAAUAUCUCAGAUGUGAAAAGUGAGUUCAAAAUAGAGAUGCUCAAUAUUACCAGACCAAUAUCGGAAUCGGCCGAUAAUGCCUUUAAAUGUAAAUAUCAGUAUUGGCCCCAUAUGAAAAAUUAUGCCGAUAUAUCUACCAAUAAGAGGAAUAUGUUAACUCACAUGUGCUCAGGGUGUGCUAGCGAUUAGAUCACGUCAGCAGUGUGGAUCAUUCUUGAAGCAAAGUUUAGUCUGAAAGAUGUUUGGAUUCACUGUUUUGGGUCGCUGCAUUUAAUCUGUGAAAGCAUGUACAGAAUGACGCGUUCAGCUUGUGAUAAACAGUAAUAGCACGUGCAGCAACAGCAGCGUCAGCCUCCCCCGGGUCCUAAUGCCUGUUCGGUCAGGAGUUUUAAUCUGUAGGGAGCACUGUUGGACUACUUCUAAUUAAUUUAAAAGUAAAAUAGCCUAUACAAAUAACAUUUAGACUGUGUUUCUGAUUAAAUAAAGCAGUAACUGAUGUCAUGUCAUAAUGAUUUCAAUGUCAGAAGCUAUAGCUUACAUGAAAAAAAAAAAAUCACAAACAUGACACUUGUAAAUUAAAUAAUUUUAUAUAUACUGAUUUAUUAAUUAAUGUGUAAUAUGUUUUAUUUUUUAAACAAAUCAUAAGCUCUAAAAGAUUUUCUCUAAAAUUCUUUUGCAUUAGGCCAUCUUCAAAUGUUAAAUCUUAAAAUAAAAUGUUAGGGCUAACACUGCAUCUUCCUGGGAAAAUAAAUGCAGCGAUUGAUAUAUAGUUUAUUUAUAGUUAUUUUCAAAGCUUUAAUGUACCGUCAAAAAACCUUUAUUAUUGUUCAUUUAAUUCUAACAAAUAAGUUCUUGUUAAAAAUUAACUUGGGUGUUGUUUCAAAACAAAAGGAAAUAUAUCGGUAUCGAUAAAAACGAGUUGAAAAAUAUUGACGUAUCGGAUAUUGGCAAAAAGCCAAUAUCAUGCAUCCCUAGUUCAAAACUUAUAGUUAUCAUUAAUGGGAAUUUAAUUCUUGAAGUUUGCCCAAGAAUUAAAAUUCUGUCCAUUUUUUCUCAUCCCCAUGUUGAUCAAAGUCUAUAUGACUUUUUCACAAAACAAGAUGAAUCAAAGAGCAGCUCUUUUAUUCACACAAGUACAUUUUCAAACUUGUUGUUGUGCAGGUUUGAGGUCAUUGAGACCAAACACCACUGAUUCAAGUGGUGGUCUCAUAAAUAAACACAAAGCACCAAGUUUGAAUAUGCAGAAUCAGAAAUGCAAAACAACUUUAAUUGGGAUCUUUUCCUAAUUCAAAACAUCACAUGGCAUGGAAUAUAACAUCGCACGGACACUUGUAUAGUCCUUUUAUGCUGUUGUUUCAUCCUUUUUGUAGCUUGACAACCCCAUGCUCAAUAAAGACUUCCAACACAGACAAAUGUUAUCUCAAGGUGCUUUUAAUGGUCAGCUAAUGAACCCAAAAGAAACAGAUCAUGCAGCAUCAAAAAAAAAAAAAAAAUCAGAAGAGUGGAGAAUUAAUGAGUAUAAUAUACCCAGGACUUACUACAGUUCAUAAACCACUUUUUUAACCAACCAAUGCUUGAAGUCUGGGAAAACGCUCCUAGUUUGACACGGUUGCCAGAUAUUUAGUCACAGAUGAUGUUUCGCUCAAUGCAGCUGAAGAAAAUAUCUGCAACUAAAAUCUGGCGGUCAUCAGGUUAUAAACACAAUAACACAACUUCUGGUUAUUUUCCAAAACACCUGCAUUAUUUGACAAACUACAACUCAAUGAGCUUGUGAACUCAGGUCUAUUAACUUAUCUAGAGUAUUUUCCUAUUCACAAACUUUUAAGUCCAGGGUAGAGGAACCAAAGCAGGUGAUUUUAACAUCAAACCUAAAGUAACGGUUCAGUAAAGUCAGAUUUGAGCUUGAGACAGAGGAGUUAGAGACUCUAAAUGCGUCUGGGUGAAAUACUAAAAAAAACAAACUACAAAAUAACAUCUUAAAGCACUCAAAAUUCAUCCCAUGUGAUCGGAAAGGAGUCUGUGGACAAUUGAAUUAUUUACAAAUAUACAUCAUUCAGUUCCUACACAAUACCUCUCAGAAAUUUCAAUGAAGGUGAUUGGUUUGCAAUGCCAAAUUUCACUUUAUUUGAAGCGUUUUUGGUUUUAGGGAAAUCAAAUUGCGUCGAAGAGCAUCUUGAACCAAUUUCCCGAUUAAAGUGCACAUGGAUGAGGGAUGAGAGAGGGACACGAGGGGAGCGGUGGGGUUAGAGAGAGAUAAAUACAGAGAAAAGAGCAUCACUCUCCGGAUCGACAGCAAGCCCUGAAGCCGCACUGCAGAUUCUGACACCCACUGGCCUUGUCAGCAUGAGGACCUGCAGAACCACAGAGAAGUUCAUGUUAAAAAAAGCUCAAAAUGAAGAGACAAAGCUUUCAAUUCAUGUGCUGGAAUGAACAGUUUGUGUACAUGGGUCAACAGAGGAGAUUUACUAAACUGGGAGAAAUGAACCGUACAUCUAGAGCUGUAUUCAAGAUUCAAGAGUGGAGGGUUGCAACCCAUAAAUGGGCCGUGGACAGCAGGAAUAAACAGAAAACAUGCUAAAUCUAGAUAAUAAAAUGCAACUCACCAAUAAAAUGCAAUGCAAUGCAAA